GCGUUAGGCCCAACCAACAACCAUUCUGCUUCCAAAAAUAAAAGGGUGGUACAACAUCAACAUUCUCAUACAAGCCACACCAACACACUCUCAGAGGCUCAGAGCUAUCAAUUCCUUCAUCCAAUUCUCUCCCACCAUUACCCAUUUUUUAUUCCUGGUGAUUUUGUCUUCCUUUGGGGUCUAAGGAGUCCAUUUCUUCUGACUAUUUUCCAGGGCUCCUAACACACCCAAGAAUCAUUUUCUUUAAGAUGGGAGAAAUGUCAGGCUUCCAAUUGGGUGUGAUAGGAGCACUUUUUCUAUCAGUGGCAUCAUCUGUCUCCAUUGUCAUCUGCAACAAAGCCCUGAUGAGCAAUCUUGGCUUCCCUUUUGCUACAACACUCACUAGUUGGCAUCUGAUGGUAACAUUCUGCACUCUUCAUGUGGCACAACGCUUCAAUGUGUUCGAAAGUAAGUCGGUUGACAUGAAAACUGUGAUGCUCUUCGGCAUUCUGAAUGGUGUUUCCAUUGGCCUUCUCAACUUGAGCCUCGGAUUCAAUUCCAUUGGUUUCUACCAGAUGACCAAACUUGCCAUCAUACCAUUCACUGUACUACUGGAAACCCUUUUCUUGAAAAAGCAAUUCAGCCAGAAGAUAAAGUUCUCCCUCUUCCUUUUACUCGUUGGAGUUGCCAUUGCCUCAGUGACUGAUCUGCAGCUCAAUCUUGUUGGAACCAUUCUCUCUCUUCUAGCCAUAGCAACAACCUGUGUUGGUCAAAUUCUGACAAACACCAUACAAAAGAGGCUCAAUGUCUCUUCUACACAGCUCCUGUACCAGUCAGCCCCAUUUCAAGCAGCUAUCCUCUUUGUCUCAGGCCCUGUGGUGGACCAAUGCCUCACCAAGCAAAAUGUAUUUGCAUACAAAUAUUCUCCUAUAGUCUUGGCAUUCAUCAUACUUUCAUGCAUAAUCUCCGUCUCUGUGAACUUCAGCACCUUCCUAGUGAUCGGGAAGACGUCUCCGGUCACAUAUCAAGUGCUUGGCCACUUGAAAACAUGCCUUGUUCUUGGCUUUGGCUAUACACUGCUGCAUGACCCCUUCACAGAGAGAAACAUCAUUGGGAUACUGAUAGCCAUUCUGGGCAUGGGCUUGUAUUCAUAUUUCUGCACUCAUGAGAACAAAAAGAAACAAUUGGGAGAUCUUUCCACAGUGUCUCAGAUCAAGGAUAGGGAAACUGCACCCCUUUUGGCAGGGAAGAACAUGGGUUAUGAAGAUAAAGAAAGUCAUGAGGUGAAGAAAGCAACCAAGGACUCUCUUGUUUGAGUAAUGCCCGGAGCUUUGAUUGUGAUAAAAAUUUCAUGUAUUCAGAUUUUGUUGAGUGUAAAUCAUUCUCAUUCUUUGAAUAAUAAACUCCUUCUCCCUUUCCCCAUUCAUUCAA